AUGGCGGAGCAGCGUCAGGACAUCACCAUGAUGGAGGAUCACGCAGCUGGCCAGGAGAAGCACAUCCCAUCAGGCUAUCCCCUUCAGAUACCAGUCGAUGAUGGAUCGGAUGAGCCUGUUUCUGAAACAUCUGACGCUAAGAGCACCCCAACUACGGAAGAUGCCACAGCACCUUUAGUGGAGGAAGGAGACCACGAGGAUCAGGGUGGUGUCGAACAGCACGGGGAGAUCCCAGAAGGAACCACAGCUGAAGAGGCGGGGGGAGGAGCCACUCCCAACCUGGAGGACCACGCUGGAGGAGAUGCCACUCAAGGGGAGCCGAGCUCUCCAAAGCUACAGCCUGGCCCUCAGGAGCCUGUGGGAGAUGCAAUAAAAGGAGAAAGUCAGCCCACAAAGCAGGUAGCUGGGGUUCUUCAGCAGCCUCUUCUGUCGCAUGAAACGAAGGCUACAACAGCAGCUCCCACCAGAAUUGAGGUCACCAUCCCAAUACCCCUGGAGAUGUACCAAGACUCCAGACCAUCUGAAGACAGCAAAGAGUUGUGGGAUCAUCGAGGCAGAGAAGGCAUUGGUGUGGAUCCAGCGCUGGGAACGGAGCUGGGUCGUGAUGUGUGUGCUGAGGGGUUGGCAGGAGCAGGUGGCACAGAUGACUCCCACGUUAAAGAUGGGCCAUCUCCUUUAUAUACCAGAGCCCCAUUAAAAGAAGAUGCCAGUGGAUGGGAGAAAGAUGAGGUCCGUGAUGUUGAUGAAACUUCUGAACAGGAUUUGCUUUCCCUGGUGGGUCAGCAUGUUUCACCAGGACCUGAAAUGGGUUUGUGUCCAGCGAUAGCCAAGGAAACUCUUGAAGAAUAUGCCUUUGGAGAAAGCGAGUCCAAAGAUGUCCUCAGAGACAUCCCAAGAGAGGCACUUUUUGUUGAAACUGAAUCACGUAAAGCAGGAAAGGACCAAGAAGAGAGACAGCCAUUGGAGGGUGAAGAAGAUACAGAUGUAACCCCAUCAGAGCCUUCUGAAAUUAUCUCCCAAAAAGAAGCUGAGCCCGGGGAGGGAGGAGAUUCUGGACCCUUGCUAGAAACAGCCAAACUCCCGGUUGAGUUAAAAGAUGAUGUGAAAGACAAAGAUGCUCCUUUGGAAGAGGCUGUGCCAGAUACAGGAGAACGUCGGACGCCCAAGAAGAAACCUCGUGCCCAUGUUGCAGAUAAAGCCGUCAGUCGCGUCCCUCUCCUAAAAGGUCAUAUUGACAGCAAAGACAAGGAAGGUCCUGAAGCUGAGGGAAAGAAACCGAAGAAAUCCUCACCUUCCACUGCCAAACCCCCAGGCGAUAGACCCUCCAUCCCCCCCCAACGACACACCUCCUCUAGCACAACCCCUUCGAAAACACCCUCCAGCCUUGCUUCCACCUCUAAACGAGUCUCUUCUGUCACAUCCCGACCCGCCAGUACAGGAACGCAAGAAACGAAAGCCAAG